CUCCGGCCCUUUAAGAAGCAGUUCCUCUGUCUGGCUCCAGGGGGCGCGUGAUCUUUGUGUUGCUGUUCUUCUCUGCUGUUUGUAGCGGAGCAGCAGUGCUGGAUCGCCCGGGAAGCGGCGGGACGCAACGUCCUGCUCCGACAUGGAAGAGGGAUCAUGGAAGUUUAUUGGGGGAAAUCCUGUGUGUGUUAGGACUCAUUCGUGCUGAUUUGCAGCGGGAAGGCUGUGGAGGUAUGGCUUGAUCGUUUGAGGACACUUUCGCGUACGUACAGCCCUUCUGAUGGCUUCCAAGCAGCGAUUUUAAAAGGCGGCAGCUGCGUUCUGAAACAAUGUAACAUUCGCAUUAUGAUGUAAUGUUACAAUGUAACACAUUCGCAGUGGGACGUCGUGCAACAAUGUUACAAAUCCGACCGUCCGCUAUGUUCCAUUCUUGAUUCUUUUAAACCACGGAAGCUUCAUUAAACGAGUCGAAUGGGGACAUUUUCGCUCAUUUUGUCGUUUAUUUAAUGCUUAGAACUAAUCAAAAACGAGCGAGAUUCAUGAACGAAUCCUUCGGUGUGCUGGAAGUGGCCAUGAGCGCAUUUGGAAAUAUUCCUGAACAUCUCACGAUAUCAGUUCGAUUCCUGAAGUGUCCCGCAUGAAAUGUGGACUCUAGAUGGCAUGCACGAGGCCACUGCUGCUGUUGUGUUCAGAAAAGCCGUCCAUACAUCAUUCAUUUGAAGGAGUCCGGGAAAUAUGGCAGAGGAGAUAGAUAAGCCCUUGGCUGUGGACGUGGAUGUCGACAUAGACCCUGAUUUUGAGCCCCAAAAAAGGCCCAGGUCCUGCACCUGGCCUCUGCCCAGACCGGAUUCUAAUGGUGAGAAAGCAGAACCAGCAGAUGUGGGAAUCAUUCCUGAGGAAGAGGUGGAUGAAAAUGGCACUGACGAUGAUGCACAAGCAUCUAGUGGCAGUACAGGCGCAUCAAAUCCCGUCAGUGUGACAGAAGGAAACCAGGCUCCUGCUGCUACUCCUGCUAUAGAAACCAGUGCUGCCAUCAGUGAUAAAGACUCCUACGGCUCUCCUCUAUCUUCCCAAAAUGCUCUGCCCGCAUGCAACGACUCCAGCAUCAACGGUCUGAUUCCUCAGCAGCCCAGAAAAUCCUCUGCCCGCAGGAACGCCUGGGGAAACUAUUCCUACGCGGAUCUCAUCACACAAGCCAUCGAGAGCUCGCCCGAGAAACGGCUGACAUUGGCCCAGAUUUAUGAUUGGAUGGUCCGGAAUGUGGCAUACUUCAAGGACAAAGGUGACAGCAACAGCUCUGCAGGAUGGAAGAACUCAAUACGACAUAACCUGUCACUCCACAGUCGCUUUGUCCGGGUCCAGAAUGAAGGAACAGGAAAAAGUUCAUGGUGGAUGGUUAACCCUGAUGGCGGAAAAGGGGGUAAAGCUCCACGGAGACGUGCUGUUUCAAUGGACAACAGUAAUAAGCUCAUCAAGAGCGCCCGUGGCCGUGCCACAAAGAAGAAGGCUGCUCUUCAGGCGACUCAGGACGGAAGCUCUGAGAGUUCCUCCAGCCUGUCCAAAUGGACCGGCAGCCCGACCUCCCGCAGUAGCGACGAGCUUGACGCUUGGACGGAUUUCCGUUCCCGCACUAAUUCUAAUGCCAGCACCCUAAGCGGACGCCUUUCCCCAAUUCUGGCCAACCUUGAGGUGGAUGAAGUUCCCGAUGAUGACUCCCCCCUGUCGCCCAUGCUGUACUCGAGCCCUAGUAGUAUGUCUCCAUCCACUGGACUAAUAGAACUACCCCGUCUAGCUGAUCUUGCAGGAACCAUGAACCUUAAUGAUGGCCUCUCCGACAACCUAAUGGACGACCUUCUAGAUAACAUCAGCCUGACAGCUUCCCAAUCUCCAGGCAAAGACGAGAGUGGGUCCAACUUACAGGGAAGCCCGGUGUUUACCUUCAGCUGCUCUGGGAGCAGUCUGGCAAUUCCCUCUGGCAGCUAUGGCACAAACUCCAUGUUUAGCCCUCCAUCCGUCACUGGCCUGAGGCAAUCUCCAAUGCAAACAAUCCAGGAAAACAAGCAAGCUACGUUCUCCUGCGGUUCCCUCUUUAGCGAUCAAAGUCUUCAGGACUUGCUCAGCUCAGAGUCCAACAAUCGCAGCGAUGUCCUUCUUACCCAAUCUGAUCCACUUAUGUCACAAGCCAGUGCCUCCCUUUCCUCCCAGAAUGCCCGUCGCAGUGUCCUGUUGCUACGUAAUGACCCUAUGAUGUCCAACCAGGCUGGGCCUGUAGGACAAGUGGGGCUCAAGAAGGUGUCGCCAUCUGGAUGGCGGAUGAACUGUGCCUCGAGCAGUGAGUCAGACUACCAAAGCUUGAUGAAGCAACAUCUCCAACAGUCUCCCUUCAGAAGCACAUCUAUGCAGCUCAACUCGUCUGAUUCGUUGUUGGCAGGUCUCAACGGCAGCGUGACCUCCAUCCAGUCGGUGUCUCAGGACCAAUUCCCAUCUGACUUGGAUCUUGAGGUGUUAAGUGGCAGUUUCGAUUGCGACAUGGACACCAUCACCCGCAACGAUCUGAUGGAUGCAGAGGGCCUGGAGUUCAGCUUCGAUUCGCAUCUCAUCUCUUCUCAGAAUGCUAACCUGACUUCAGGGAGCUUCUCCACUUCCAAACGAACCUCCUCACAAAGCUGGGUGCCAGGUUGAUGCAGCCAGGCCCAGGAAUGUAAUGAAGAGGCCGAACUCUGCAUUUGAGCCAACUGUCCACUGUAAAGCAACUGUACAUUAUGCUGUAGAAAAGCUAUUUGACAUCUGUUGGAAUGAGUUUGAGUCAGUGUCAAUGAGUUACCCAGUCAGUGUUGUAGUUUUGUGGAUGUAUGUUCUGAAUCGUCAUGAUUGAGGCUGGCUUUAUGGACAUUGUGAAGAGUUUUAACAAAUUUAACCUUGAAAUGCUUGCAGGUUAUUCUAAAUGCCAAUGACUAGGUAUUGAACUGAAUCUGCUGGAAUAUGCUAAGUGGAGUAUUGUAGAGGUUAGUUUGUUUAUGCGUAUAUGAAGGCUUGGCCAACAGUACUUCCCUCAGUUCAUCUAAAACUACAAAAUUUGAAAGCAUUUAGGAGUGUGGAAAGAGUGGAGUCAGUUUGAAAGCCAACCAGAAAUCUUAAAUACUCAUUAGUAAAGUGGUCUCUAUGACAAAUGGAGCACUGUGGAGAGAAGGUUGUCUAAAUAGUCCACUUAGAAUAUAAAAUCCCCAUAACCCACCAUUGCAUACAAAAAGGUGCCUACACACUAGAAAAACCAACUCAAAAUCAUUUGGGUACGUGGAAGUCAGUUUUCUCAAGAAGUGAUUGGUUAACUGGUACCUACGACAAGUGGAUGAUCAUAGAGUGGAGGUUUUCUAUGUAUAAAAGCAUGAGCAAUUUAACUUUCCUUGGUUGGUCUAUAAUAAAAACAUUUCCCAAAUCCACCUCUGCGUACAAGGGUGGCUACAAACUAGAGAAAUCUGUCAUUAAAGCAAUUGGGAAUGUGAAAAGAGUCGCUCAGUCAGAACACCAACUGAGAAUCUUGUAUAUUUAUUGGUCAGCUGGUACCUAUAUGGAGGAUCAUAGAGAGAAGAUCACAAGUGAACCUCCUUUGGUUAAUCUAGAAAACGAAACCCCUAAAACCCACCACUGCAUAUGAGGGUGCCUACGCCAUAAGAAUCUCUUAUGAAAGAAUUUGGGAGGGUGGAAAAAGUUGGGUCAGUUUGAAAACCAAACAAGAACUCGAGUUCCCACUAGUCAACAGGUACUUAUGACAGAUUGCACUGCAGACAGUUAAAAUAUCGUCAAUUUAUGGUUGUCACAUUGGCAAAUCCUUUGUAUUUUCUUCGUCAUUGUAAUACUUUAUCCCCACUGAAAUCAAGUAAACUCUAGUCUGUAGGUACCCUUAGGUUGUUGUAGUUUCUUGUAAUUGUGAUUGAGAUUAAUAGAUUUCUAGUCCUCGAAACAAAAUACUAGCCUUUUGCCAAACUAGUCCUCAGGACAAUUAAAGAAAUGGCCUGUUUACAACAUAAACCAUUUGAGAAUGUUUCUGUUGUCCGAAAAAAAAUGGCCAUGGAAAAUCCAUCUUUUUCUCCAACUUUUUUUUUUUUGUGAAACUGAAAAAGGGAAGAUGUUGUGUUUUUGUGAAACCAGUGAACAUGAUGUAUCCUUGACUCCUUUUACAGAAAAGUAAACUAUGAUAUGAUGAUAAGCUAUAUAUUUAGUGUUCUGCUGUAUGAAACUAACUUGUCAGUGUUUCCCAUGGAUUUCCUAACACAACCUGUGCAUUUAUCUUUCUCAGAAUUAUUGAACAUGAGAAUCUCCGUCACCUCUAAACUGUGUUCAUUUAUGAAGUAAACCAUCAACUAGUAGAUUAUGAGCUAUAUAUUUGUAUUUCUGUUUGUAUACACACAAACACACACACGCAGGACCUCAUUCAUGAUGUCAUUUCUGUAUAAAUUGUUUGUAAAAUCAAUGGUUUUAUGAACAAUUUAUUCUUCUUUAAACAGUUCUUAAAUGGUUGCAUUUGAUUCUAUUUAGUGUUUUUGUGCAUUUACUGUACAUUGACAUGCAUGCAACCAUAUACACAAGAAUGGCUUUACAAAAUUCUCUGCAAACCAUUAAUUUCUGUUGUGCUUGUUCAUGAAUGAGGCCCGUAGUGCUUAUGUGUAUAUGUGCUGUGCACUUAAUAUGUAUGUGUGUGUCUCUAUACACAUAAAUGUUGGAUUCAUUCUAGAGAUAAGGUAUAUUAACCGUAACAAAUUCUGGAGUGCUAAUUAAGGACCACUAGAUGUUUGUGAAUUUGUAGCAGGGGAAAAACAAAUUAAGCUAAGAGCAUUUGGUGCUAAGUGAAAUUGUGUCUGGUCAGUUCAUACGGAUGACAUGUCACAUUCUUAGCAUUUAUGUGUAUAUAUCUACACAAUGGCUGGUGCUAAUAGAAAGUGCGUAUCAGUUGUGAUGCCAGUGUGCUUUAAGCAUCCUAAUAGUUUUAAAAUGAAAGGCAGCCACAUUGUAGUUUUAAAGCCUGUUCGGAUAAGCUAUUUGACAAAGCACCUAUGAUGUACUGUAUUUCAUUGGUGAGCUUGAACAUGCCAGACAUCCAAAUUCAAGGCUGAUGAGAAAUAAUGCAACUACUCCGUUUGAUGAUAUAGUAGUGCCAUUCAGGGACAUCUUGCAGAUGUUCAGUAGUUACACAAAAUGUUGUUUUAACAUCAGUUGAAUGUACCUUUUCUUAAGUUCAGCUUCACAUCCAAAAUGUUCAUAAGCUUCUUAAGCACUGAUUUUUUAUAAUCAGCUGGAGUCACAGAAUUUAAGGUGACUAUAAAAAGUUGAUUGUGUUAUGUUUAGUUUUAAAUUGUGUAAUACAUUUUCAACAUCAUAAUUUGCUUCCUUCACAUGCUUUUUUAAUUGUUUUGGGUAGGAUAGUUGUACUUCUCAAAAGAACUGCUACAAUCUUCAUUCAUUUUGAAGUUUAAUUGUAAAGAGGGAAUUAACAAAUGGAGAACGUAAUCUGCGUGUGUACCACCUUUCACCACAAUUGGCUGUUAGUUACUAUCCACUCAGUGUUUGCUUGACUUUACCGGUGUAUUUCAAUUUUGGAUAAUGUAAACCAGGUAGUGCAAGGCAAGGUGCAUGUAAAUAAAGCUUGUACAACACAA